GUGCUUAUUGUCAGCACUCUCUUAGACGUCAGGGUACCCUGUAAGCGUAUACAUGCUGCAUACUAACAUAUUCAAUUUGGAGAAGAGUUGGCACGUAGAAAGGUCUUAAAUAAUACGCCUAAACCAAUCGAAUCGGCCUCAGCUCCGGCGUCUCUUUGGAAUUAAAUCUGCGUUUCACCUGGAUGCUCAAUAUUUAUGCGCUUUUCGUAUUUCACUUGCUUACGAGUCUUUACAUUUUUAUCACGAUAAAGACACUGCUUAAUAAAAACUACAUUACAGAGCCAGGAAAUUUGAUUGAUCAAAGCUAUGGAUUUGGAAAUACAUAGAUGUGAAUAGAUAUAAUUAACCUAAGGUAACGACAGAACAUUGCUCGCCUAUUGAAUUUUAAGUGAAAGGUAAACAGGUCGGUAAAGGAAUCACUGAUUGUGGGGUGUCGGGGUUUCAGAGGCUUUUGGAUCGAUAACACCGAUAUAUCUGGGCAACUAUCUUUAAUUGGAGAAGCCUUAGUAUUGGAAUUGGACAGACUUAAAAUAUAAGUGAGAUCGAGCGUGAAUUGCAACCAACAAUGGAUUACUAUUGAAUAGAGACACUAACCAACAACAACUACAUGUGAUUCAGUCGAGUUGGCAAAGGCAUUGAUAUAUACUGAUCUUGUAUGGGCCCAGUUCAGGUGGGGAAAUAGCAAGCUGCAUUUACAUAAGAGUUAUCUUCUUCAGUCUAUCAUGUAGCCUGUUAAAGUGACAUUUACAAGUGAAGGGACAGACGAUGGAUAUCCGGGGGUUCAUCAUGCACCACUGCAUUGCUGUAGUUAUAGUUGCAGUUUUGCAUAAAAUCAAAGCACAAGAUCUAUGCAACCAAACAUUUUCCUAUGGGUCUUCACUGGCGCAACCAAUGUUCGCAGAACCCUAUAUUAACCAUGCCUUCUACUGCUGGUUCAAGUUCGUUGCAAAACCAAACCAAUCUGUUGUCGUCACUAUUAAUGGGGCCAGCAUAGGAAAAUAUAAUCAUGAACAUAGGAGAUGCGAGCGUGGAUCGAUCAGAAUGAUCGAUGGUUCAUCCUCUGCUGACAGUGGUAAUAUUUUGCCAGACACAGUGAUUUGUGGUCAGUUUAGGCAUGGUCAAAUCAAACUGAAGAAGGUCACAUACAGCCAUACAGCAUUUGUAGAGUUUAGAUCAAACAAGCUUAGGAAACACAAUAGUUUUGACAUUUCUGUAGACUUUGAAGACAUUGAUCGUAUAGAUAUGACGCCAAGUCCUGAGUAUACUUUUGGCGAUUUAAAAUACCAAAAUGGUCUUGUAGAAAAUUCCGUUUGUGAUUGGGAAAUUCCUGUCGAGAGAUGUUAUGGCAAAUGUAGAAUAAUGUCUCCUGGUUAUCCGGGUAUUUAUCCACCAAAUACACGAUGCAAAUACAAGAUAACUAAUAAUGAAGAACAGCAGAGAGUAGAAUUACAAUUAGGAGGUCCAUAUAAAUUCUCAUUGUAUAAAAGUCAUGAACCAAACGACAGCUGCAGAGAAGAUUAUGUUAUGAUAUAUGACGGUGCUACUGAAUCUUCUCCAUUUCUUGGACGAUUAUGUGGCAUAGGAGACGCUGCACACGUGAUAUCAUCCGGGUCCCACUUGCUUUUAGUCUUCAACAGUGGUCCUGGAAGCCCACCGUGGAAUUACGUUGGCUUCGAUGGUAGAGUCAAUGAUCGAUGGGCAAGUUCACACGCUGGUGGUAUCAAGAUGGAAAACACAUCAUGCGAUUGGCAGUUUAAAUCAAGUGACAAUAACAAGGAGGGGGAUAUGCAUUUUCCGGACUACCAACUGCCCACAGAGUCAACUUGCUUAGCUACUUUCAUAUCACUGCCCAAAGAAAUAAUAGAAAUCACUGUCAAAGUGUCUCACCUCAGAGCUGAAUGUGAAGAAUUUGUCGAAAUAAAUGAUGGGACACGUGUUGUUGACAAAAUAUGUGAAGAUAGGCUUGCUGGAAGGCGUAAGCUUGACCUAACAUACAACACAACUAACGCCCAAUUUGCUGUUCGUUACACAAAUCAUGGAGGUCAACUGUCCAAUCCUAUACCAAUAUGGAUAGAAUACAAAUUCAUCUCAGGUGAAAAGAACGUUAGAUAUCAUGUAGCCGCUAGCAACAAUAAAGAAAAGACAACAGGCGUGACAAGUUCAUCAACAAUAAAUCACGCCUCAGCUCCAAUAGUUGCAGUUUUAUAUAUUUCCUUCGUGUAUAUACUUAUGAACCAAUUAAUCGCUACAUUCGUUUGAUUAAGUGCACCUUCUUGUAAGACAUUUGUGUCAGAGACAUACUUUUGUAUCUUUUCAUCAUAUUUCUAUGGACAUUUGUAUAUAAUCCAGUGCUACAUAUGUACAUUAAGUUCGGCUACUGUAAGGAAUAUUUGUUCCAUUAUUUCAAGUUUAAAGACUGUUGGUGAACAUGUAUGGGUCCCAUGUCGGGAGUAAAGUAUGUGUUAUUUGAAAAUACCGCGAUUUACCUGUGCAUCUUGUGCGAUCAGUUCAUUUAUUAGUUCCUAUGCGCAUGCAGUUUUGAUUUUUUCAAUUGUUUUUUAUUUUAUGUAGUUUAAUUCGUGUAGAUACAAAGAUACGAAAGCUAAAGUAUUUGUAAAUUGUAUAUAUUGCGACUCUUAUGUAUAAACUGUAUAAUAUAUUAUUAUGAUUUGCUUUGAAUAAAUAUUUGCU